AUUCCCCCAAUCUCCACCCGCCAUCGUCGUCUUCCCCAACCCCAGCCAGAUCUCCCCACCACCGCCGGAACCCCUGCGCACGGGCGCGCAAGGCGGGCGGCGAUGGCGUCGUCGCAGGCGAACAUGGACAAGAUGCAGCUGCGCCAGAGCUACCGCAACCUCUGGCACACCGACCUCACCAACGCCAUCCAGGCCGACUUCCCCUACUGCUGCCUCUCGCUCUGGUGUGGACCAUGCGUGUCAUACAUGCUUCGUAAAAGGGCUCUCUACAAUGACAUGUCAAGGUAUGUGUGCUGUGCUGGCUAUAUGCCUUGCAGUGGAAGGUGUGGUGAAAGCAAAUGCCCAGAAUUCUGUCUCGCUACUGAGGUGUUUCUGUGCUUUGGUAAUUCAGUUGCUUCAACCCGCUUCUUGCUUCAAGAUGAAUUCAACAUACAGACAACAAAGUGUGAUAACUGCAUCAUUGGUUUCAUGUUCUGCCUUCAGCAAGUUGCUUGCAUCUUCUCAAUAGUUGCUGCUAUUGUUGGCAGUGAGGAACUUUCAGAGGCUUCCCAGAUCCUUUCCUGCCUGUCUGAUAUGGUCUACUGCUCGGUUUGCGCCUGUAUGCAGACACAGCACAAAGUUGAAAUGGACAAGAGGGAUGGGAAGUUCGGCCCACAGCCCAUGUCAGUGCCUCCGGUGCAGCAAAUGUCACGCAUCGAUCAGCCUAUCCCUCCUCCUGCUGGUUAUGCACCACAACAAGCAUACGGCCAGCCUUACGGUGGCUAUCCACCUCCCCCUCCAGCUCAGGGUUACCCACCGCCGCCAGCUCAAGGUUACCCACCAGCAGGUUACCCACCGGCAGGUUACCCGCCAGCAGGUUACCCCCAGGGCCAGGGUGCUGCAUACCCUCCACCUGGUUCCUCCUAUCCCCCACCUGGUUCCUACCCCCCUCAACAGGGAUACUAUGGAAAGUAAAAUGCGUGCAGUGCAGCAAUCAAAGUGAUACCACUUAGCAUUGCAAGAG